GAAAACGACGCUACGAUAGGAAGCAGAGUGGCUACGGGGGCCAGACAAAGCCCAUCUUCCGUAAGAAGGCUAAGACCACAAAGAAGAUUGUGCUGAGGCUGGAGUGCGUGGAGCCCAACUGCAGGUCCAAGAGGAUGCUGGCCAUUAAGAGGUGCAAGCACUUUGAACUGGGAGGAGACAAGAAGAGAAAGGGCCAGGUGAUCCAGUUCUAA